AUGGAGAGAUACAUCUGGUCAUAAAGCAAACCAAGACACAACAAAGGAUGUUAUGGAAGCUGAAAAUUCGAAGCUAAGGUCCAAAGUUUCUUAUGUUCAGCAUGCUCCGAAUAACUUGACAAACACAUCUAAUCAGGCCACAACAACUUCUACUCCUCUCGACAUGGCAGCUCGACAUCAAGCAUGGUCUUUGUCAUCGAUACAAGAUACUUCUCUUACUCAGGUGGGAGAUAUAGUUGUUCUAAAAAGUGUCAUUAGGCCAACAGAAACAGUUGCAAUCGGAGUACUUAAAAGCACAUACGCAUCUAAAGAAGUAGAAGGAAAGAGUUGGGACCUGACUAUUGGGAGGUACAUGUUCAAGUGCCAAUCAAACUUAAUGAGAGCUUGAUCCGAUCAUAUGGACUUGUCAAAACAGUUGGAGAAGCUAUUGGAGAUCAUGUU